CACGGCUGUCUAUGAGAUGACUCCCCACCGAUCUUGUCCUGUCAGUCUCACUUGCCGGAUCCUUUUCCCCAUCUCUUCCACUCUUACACAUGACUUCGACUGCAGAUUCUGCUUUGUCGACCUUCUCAGCAGGCGAGACGUUUUGUCUGGCUGCAGCUCAACUAGAAGAUGUGUCCUUGCGAUCAAGAUUUCUUGCCAUCUCGGAGCAAACGGCUUCCUUCUCCUGGUCAUUGUGUUUCGUCACAUCUACUUUGAGGGUCUCGCGACCUCGACCAACUUGGGCAAACUUUGUUCUUUUGUGGCUCUCUGAGUUCCGCGACUGGCCGCAAUUUCACAUAGAUAGUCUGGGACAAGUGGUACUAAACGUUGACUGUGGCGGUGUUGGCACAUCUGAACGUGGGACUUGUGAUUGAUUUGAACGAGCUACUGCUUCUUGCUUUCCCAUAAUGUCAGUGCUGGUGGCUUGACUGGGCCGUCAGCAGUCGGAAGCCUUUCUCGGCUUGAUUUGUCUUAGAACAUGCAUCUGAGGACAUCAACAUCAACACCUAGUCCAGAGGAUGCGAAGGUAUAGUGUAGGAACAGGUACGUUUUCUUCGAGCGCGCAAGAUAAUUGUGCGUGGUAGUAAGAGCAAGAC